AUGGUAGAUUUAAGGAUUCCCUUUGGUAUAAAAUAUGAUGAGAAGUGGCUGCUGAAUUUGAUUCAGAAGCAAAGCAGUGUCCCCUUCACUGCAUUCGAAUUUCACUAUGAGAAAAUGCAGGCCCAGUUCUUUGUAGAGAAUGCCAACAUUGCCUGUGCGUUGAAGAAUGUCAAUGGCAAGAUUUUCAAUGAGGUUAAUGAAAAGAUAUUUAUCUUGGUUGAGCCCUGUGAGUCACCCCAAUCUGUGCAGAAGGCACUGACGUCUGAAAAGGUGGAGCAGAUAAAGUUUUCGUUCCUGGACCUGAGCAACAAGAAACCCUACCUGCUGGAUGGCUUGUCCACCAUUAUGGGAAAUGCUUCCAAUACCCAGAACUUGAACAUCUCCAACACUGAGGUGAAGGCUGAAGGGCAGAUGGACAAGGGUCAACAGCUGGAACCAGAAGGGAUGUGUGCAGACAGAAAUGCCGUGUGCACCACCUUCCGUGAUAAGUCAACCAACAUAAGGUAUUACUUGAUUCAUGACUAUGGAAAUCGCCAGGGACUGCUGGAUUUUUAUCAUGAGGAGGCCUGCUUCUUCCUGACCAUUCCAUUCCACCCCAAGGACUCAGGCUUAAGCAGUGUGCGCCUGUACUUCAAGGACAACAGGAAUACAGAGAAGCUCAAGGACCCCAACCUGCGUGUCCAGAUGCUGAAACACACAAAACAUGACAUUGUGCAUGCCCUCUGUGCAUUGCCCAAAACUCAGCAUGACUUCAGCUCCUUUGUGGUGGACAUGUGUUUCCAGAUGGUGAGCACCUGCUCCUCGCUUGGUGAGCACACUGAUAAAGUGAACUCUCUACAAAGAAGAGCACGAAGCUGGGGUAUGUACUGAAGGCAAUACGCCUAUUGGUCUGAACCGGUCACUUCCCAGCAACAGCAAGACAGAGAUUCAAAAGAAAGUGAUGCUCAUAUGGACAUCCAAGCAAGAUAUGCUCCCUAUGCCAUUCCAUCCCGUCACUGGAGGAGUAGUUUUCAGAGAAAAGACCAAAUGCAUGUUAACAUGGAGACAAAGCAAAAGCCUCUGGAGAGAACAAUGAAAACAAAUAGACAGGAUGCGACCUUGGGGAGCUGGUUCAAGAUCAUCAUUCCCUUUGGUAUAAAAUAUGAUGAGAAGUGGCUGAUGAAUUUGAUUCAGAAGAAGUGCAGUGUCCCCUUUACUGCAGUUGAAUUUCACUAUGAGAAAAUGCAGGCCCAGUUCUUUGUUGAGAAAGCCAACGUUGCCUGUGCAUUGAAGAAUGUCAACGGCCAGAUUUUCAAUGAGGAUAAUGAAAAGAUACCUAUCUUUGUUGAGCCCUGUGAUGCACCCCAGUCUGUGCAGAAGGCACUGACAGCUGAAAAGUUGGAGCAGAUAAAGCUUUCAUCUUUGUACUUGAGCAACAAGAAGCCCUACUUGGUGCAUGGCCUGUCCACCAUUAUGGAGAUUGCUUCUGCCACCAAGAAGUUGAAUCUGUCCAGCACUGAGGUGAAGAUUGCAGGGGAGAUGGACAAGGGUCAUCAGCUGGAACCAGAAGGGAUGAGUGCAGACAGAAAUGCCGUGUGCACCACCUUCCGUGAUAAGUCAGCCAACAUGAGCACCCUCCUGGAGUUGUUCCCCAGGCUGCUAAGCUUGGAUGGCCAGGAGACACCCUCAGGUUCUAAGUGUGCUAUGGAAGCCCCCAAGUGCUUACCAACGUGCAAGGGAAGCUUCUUUGGAUCUGAAGAGUUGAAGAGUCUAAUCCUGCAAUUCCUGCAGCAGUAUUACUUGAUCCAUGACUAUGGGAACCGCCAGAGACUUCUGGGUGCUUAUCAUGAGGAGGCCUGCUUCUCCCUGACCAUUCCAUUCCAACCCGAGGACCCAGCCCUAAGCAGCAUGUGUGCGUACUUCUUGGACAACAGGAAUAUGAAGACGCUCAAGGACCCCAAUCUGCGUGUCCAGCUGCUGAAACACACAAAACAUGACAUUGUGCAUGCCUUCUGUGCGUUGCCCAAAACUCAGCAUGACUUCAGCUCCUUUGUGGUGGACAUGUGUUUUCAGACGGAAAAGAUGCUCUGCUUCUCUGUCAACGGGGUGUUCAAAGAAGUGGAAGGAAUGUCUCCUGGCUGUGUGCAUGCCUUCACCCGGACCUUCAUUGCUACCCCUGCCAGCUCUUCCAGUCUUUGUAUAGUGAAUGACAAGCUGUUUGUGAGCGAAGCCAGUCCCAGAAUUGACUCUCUCACUCCUGCUUACCAAUUAAAGAAGUGCAGAGCGAAGUCAGGAGCAUCAGAGGAGAGGUUAGAUGUCAAAGUGGACUUUUCAGGUGGAAUUGUGGUCAUCACCGUUCAAGAGCUGCAUCCUGGUGAGCUGCAGAUGCACAGGGACUCGCUGCUCAUCUGGGCUCCACUGCUCUGA